GUGGUUUAUUAUCGGUAAGUUUAUCCAUUACAGAGUGAUGUCUGAGCGCACUCUGGAACAUUUCUUGAGUCGCGGAGAGAUAAGGCGGAAGGAUGCAGCAGAGCUGAGAUGGAGUCAUGCUGUAAACAGCCGUGGAAAACUGGAGGAUGCUCUGACAGGUUCAACCCAUAUGCUUGAGGCUGAUGUAAUUAUCAGAGGUUGUGACCCCAAGGAGCCAGUCAUGGCACACCCUCCUGACACUGACAGUGACAUCACACUCAAAGAGUGGUUGGAAGAAGUCAAGAUGCAGCACCGGGGAAUAAAAUUGGACUUUAAGAGUCUGGAGGCAGUGUCUCCAUCUGUGGUCCUGCUGGAGGAAGUUUUUCCUGAGCUAAAAUGUCCUGUGUGGGUCAAUGCUGAUAUUCUUCCUGGUCCUGGAGGACAGGCCACACCUCUUGAGCCUCAGUCUUUCCUUGCUGCUAUCUCGUCUCUUUCCUCCGACAUUGUGCUGUCCCUUGGUUGGACCACAGGAUGGACAGCUGGAAGAGACAACCCAGGCUACAGCUGGGACAUGGUUCAUCUCAUGGAGAAAAUAUGUAGAAACCUCAUUAGUCCAGUCACUUUUCCAGUCCGUGCAGCUUUACUGGUUCAAUCACUCUCUCAGCUGACUUGGUUGCUUCAGCAGUCGGACAGGUUCUCUCUGACAGUGUGGAGCAACCUUGAUGACACAUUUACACAACAGGAAUUACUGAUGUGCAGAAAACACUUCGACAUCUGCAGGAUUUACUAUGAUCUGCCUGACUGUCAGAGCACAGUUCUCAGACAAGCUGAGGAAUCAGGACUGUAACCCUGGGCCCAGGCCCUAACUGACUGUCCCCUGUAGAAGUUGAAGGUCUUUAAUAGAGAUUAAAAUGGUAGUAGAAUCAAUUUCUGUUUAGUAACUCACUGCUGUGUGUCAGAAGAAUGGCACCACCAUCUGGUCUCUUUCUUUGAUACAUGUAUUUUUUCCAAUCUUGAUCAUUUUGUUCUAUAUUUAUAGACGUACUAUAGUUCUAUAUAGUUUGUAUAUACUGUAUGUGUUUAUAUACAUAUAUUUUUUAUAUUUUCUAUUCAGACUUGACAGUUUUUCCUGCCUCGAUAUAUGGUUUUAAAUUUGUGUCUGAGGCUGGAGCUAAAAAAAAUAAACAGGAUAAAUAUAAUACCAGAUGCUGUGUUC